AUGAAUGGCCAUGUUCCUGAACGUGAAUGUCAGGCUAUUGAAUUACAAGGUGGGAGAGAACUUGAGGAGGAAAAUGAGACGGACCAUAAUAAACCUCUUAAUCCUGAAGCAUCCAUGACAAAUAAGGAGAGAGCCUACUACUGGAGGUCUUGUGGAGACACAAUUUUUUGGAAAUGUAAACUGUGGAUGGUUAUAUCUUCAGUUUUCCUAGGGCUCCUUCUAGUGAUUAUUAUCAGCUUAAUUCUUUAUUCAGAGGUUUACAUAGAUGAAGAUGAAUAUUGGGAUCCUGAAUCAGUAUCAAGUGGAAAUUAUCGCAAUUUUUCUGGAAGACUACAAAUAAAGUGUGCUGCUCAAUCAAAUUAUUCUGAAGAUCUUACUAAGAGGCUAAUAGAUGUCUACAGUUCAUCUCCAGCCCUGGGGCGCUAUUUUAUCACUGCUCAAGUGGAUUCCUUCAGUUAUGAAAAUGCCACUGCAUUCUACCAGCUUGUAUUCUCCUUGCCACCAGUGGCUGACGAGUUCAUGAAGUACACGAUGAGUGAAGAGUUUGUGAUGAAUGUCUUGCGACAAAAUAUUUAUGAUCAGGAAGAUACUUAUGAUCAGGAAUCACCUGAAUGUACUAAGAUAAGGCUUGAUCCAGCUUCUCUCACACUAACUUAGUAACAGCGGAAAGACUCAUAGUUUACCACAGCCACUUGAGGACAUGUGUUUCCUGUAUGUAUUAACAUCCUGAGGAAUGAGAAUUAAUUUCAUUAUUGUGAAACGUUUCUGAAGAAUAUGGCUGUAUUGUGAACACUUUACACAAUGCAAUAAUGUAUGUAGCACAUGCAAUAUAUUUAUCACAGCUAUUUACACUUUGAAUACAGCCAUCUCCUUCACUGCUGUCCUGACACUCACUCCACCCUUGUCCAAUCCACUUGAAGCUUUGUUGCCAAAAAUCAUGUAACUUGCCUGAUGCUGAGCACGUUAAUCCACUUUUGCAGCACCUUCACUGGGUUUACAUUGCCUUUUUAAUAGAAUCCAGAACUUGUUCUUUCCUUCAAGCCCCUCCAUAAGCUAGCUCCUUUCUAACACUCCACUCUUCUCACUCUACUGCCAGUCACAUUUUCCUCUUUGCUCAUGCCAAGUUGUCCAUGCAGUUGCCCCUUGAACUUUGUUUCCCACACUCAUCUCCCGGCUUCUCUCAUGCUGACUGCAUCCACCAUACUUCAUCCCUCAACCUGAAAUCCCUCUCCAAACCCAUUUCUUGCAAACUGUACAUGCUUAAAUA